AUGAAUGUAUCGCGCCCAUCUGCAUCCGCUGCGGGAAAUGUAUCAACAUUAGCAAAAUCCUACGAACAAUUGCUAUCUGGGCAGACGGCUGCCACACAACCCGAAAGUGCAACCGUUCCUGUGACAGUACCCCAGCCUGGUAUAGUAUCUCAAGUUCCCAUCGGGUCAAGUGGUUUGAUGCCAAUAGUGUACGGAAAUGUACCCUACUACACGGCGGCCCCUAUCUCACAACCAACGCCAACGUAUGCAGCGGUACCAGAUGGGUGGGAGCAAGUAAAUUCAAUACAAAAUGGAUUCAUUAAUAUUCCUACUGCCGCCUCUUACGGGAAUGUAGCUUCAACUAACCCAGGAGGUAUACAAGGACCACCCAUAGCGAUCGCUGAGUUGGGACGAACAAGUGGAAACGUUCCUGUGACAGUUGUUUCGAAGAAGGUUAUUCCCGAUAUGCAAAAGGUUCAAACAAUAAAUGCAGGUUCAAUUCCUUUUCCUGUUAGUACUGUCUCUAUGCAAAAUUCGACUGUUUUUGCCGAACCUGGUAUAUCAUCCUUUGUUUCUAUUGGGUCCGGUGGUCUGAUGCCAGUAAUGUACGGAAAUAUUCCCUACUACACAGCUGCUUCUAUCGCACAACCGACGCCGUCGUAUGCAGCGAUACCAGAUGGAAGGGUCCGAGCAAAUUUAAUGCAAAACGUCCCCAAUUAUAUUCCGCCUGCACCCCGUUACGGGAACGUAGCUUCAACAAACUCAGCAGGCAUACUGGGACCACCCACAGUGGGUGCUGCACUAGGACCAACAAGUGCACAAUUGGCUGCAAGACAGGUAAUGCCACGCGAGUUGCCGAGAUUCAGUGGAGAUCCGCAAGAGUGGCCUAUCUUCUACAGCUCCUUUAACAAUACCACAGAAGUGUGUGGGUACACAGAUGCGGAAAAUUUGGCUAGGCUGCAGCGCUGUUUGGGGGGUUCCGCAUUGGAGGCCGUACGAAGUCGUCUGCUGCUUCCAGCAUCUGUUCCAUAUGUAAUGGAAACACUUCACAAACUGUAUGGAAGGCCAGAGAUAUUGAUCAGCUCGCUUUUAAAGAAGGUGCGAAACGUUCCCCCACCCAAAUCGGAGAAUCUGAGCACAAUUGUCGCUUAUGGUCUAGCGAUACAGAAUUUAGUUGAUCAUAUUGUCUUAUCCAACCAACAAGCGCAUUUGUCGAAUCCAAUGUUACUACAAGAAUUGGUCGACAAACUGCCAACACCACUGAAGAUGCAGUGGGCAACUUAUAAGCAAGCAAUCCUAUGCGUUAACCUGGCUACGUUCAAUAGUUUUAUGGCCGGCCUUGUUAAUCUGGCUUCAGAACUAAUCGUCGACGUAGGCUCUUCUCAAAAUCAUCAUAAACAUGAUAAGCCAGAGAAGCCGAAGCAGCGGGAAAAGCUGUUUACUCAUGCCAACGAGACCAGGAAGGAAAGAAAGGCCGUAGUGGAAAAUAUUUCGAAGGCCUGUUCGUACUGCGGAAACGAUAGUCAUCAGAUCCUGAACUGUUCUAGCUUCAAGUCAUUGGACAUCGGAGCGAGAUGGAAGGCAAUGCGCCUGAAGAACUUGUGCCGGCUGUGUCUCAUACCACAUCAGAAAUGGCCUUGUCGCUCGAAGAAGGAGUGUGGUGUGGAAGGAUGUCGUAUUCGCCAUCACAUGUUAUUACACAACAACCAGCCGAUACGAAGUGAACCAGCUGAAUCAGCGAAGUCAUCCGAAACCGUACACCACCACCAUCAUCACAUGAAGUCCCUUUCUCUAUUCCGAUAUCUACCAAUCACACUAUACAACGAUGGGAAGCAAGUUGAAACCUUCGUUUUCCUGGAUGAUGGGUCGUCGUCGACUUUGCUAGAAGAGUCAUUAGCAGUUCAGUUGGGAAUUGAAGGAGAACCGGAAAGCCUCUGGCUAGGCUGGACUGGAAAGAUUGGAAGACACGAGAAAGGCUCCAGGAGAGUGAACAUUCAAAUUUCGAGUACAGGCAAGAAGGAGACGUUUCAGUUGCGAAAUGUACGGACAGUGAGUGAGCUUGGUCUUCCCAGUCAAACCUUGCACUAUCCCGAGUUAGUAAAGGAGUACCCACAUCUGCAAGGUCUUCCAGUCACCAGUUACAGCAAGGCGAAACCAGGCAUGAUCAUCGGUAUCGAUCACGUGCACUUACUCACCAGCCUGAAUAUUCGAGAGGGUAGAAAGACUGAUCCAGUGGCGACGAAGACCCGACUCGGCUGGUGUAUCUACGGAAGGAAUCUCGGGAGCGACGGAACCGUAGAACAGUUGAACUUGCACGUUUGCGAAGGUAUGACUAACAGUGACCUGUAUGAUUCGAUGAAGAAGUUUUUCGCCGUCGAAGAAGCUGUGGUAACUGAACCAAUCCGGUCAGAAGAGGAUCAGCGAGCUCAAAAUAUUUUAGAAGCUACGACAGUACGCCGGGGAUCCCGAAUUGAGUCUGGUUUGCUAUGGCGAAAGGACAACAUUCAAUUCCCGGAGAGCUACAAAAUGGCGAUGAGCAGGCUCCGAGGUUUAGAAAAGCGGCUAGCCAAAGAUCCAGAGCUAAGACGAAGGGUUAACGAGCAAAUCGGCAGCUACGAGCUCAAACAGUACAUCAGUAAAGCAUCGCGAGAAGAAUUAGCCAACUUGAAUCCUCAGCGAGUAUGGUACCUGCCUUUGGGAGUAGUGGUUAACCCCAAGAAACCCAGUAAAAUUAGGAUGGUCUGGGAUGCGUCCGCGAAGUCUAGUGGGAUUUGCUUCAACGAUCUGCUGCUGAAAGGUCCCGAUCUGCUUGUGUCACUGGUAGGGGUCUUGCUGCGGUUCAGACAAGGCAAAGUCGCGGUGUGUUCCGAUAUACGGGAAAUGUUUUUGCGAAUUCUCAUCCGAGAUGAAGAUAGAUGGUCACAAUGUUUUCUAUGGAGAAGCAGUCCAGAGGAAAACAUAGAAGUGUACGUGAUCAACGUGGCGAUGUUUGGUGCUACGAGUUCUCCAUGUACGGCGCAAUUUGUUAAAAAUUGGAAUACUCUCGAUUACGCAGGUCGUUAUCCAAGGGCAGUGGAAGCGAUAACAAAGAACCACUACGUUGAUGACUUCCUGGAUAGUGUUGAUUCGGUGAACGAGGCCGUAGAACUUGUUAAGGACGUGCAAGCUAUUCACGCAGCAGCGGGAUUCCAGUUUGGCAAAAUACUGUCCAACGAGCAAAGGGUGCUCGACCAACUUGGAGAAGUGGAACCAGCGAUAAGUAAAUCGUUGCAUCUCGAUAAGGACGGAACAUUCGAACGCGUUCUAGGUGUGAUAUGGGUUACGUCAGAAGACCAUUUUACAUUCGAUCAGACUGUUUUGGAGGAAAUUAUCGAUCUUGACCAUGAAACUCCUACAAAGCGGCAAGUGUUACGUGCUGUAAUGAGAUUAUACGACCCCUUGGGAUUCGUCGCGCAUUUCGUUGUACAAGGGAAGAUUCUUAUGCAGGAAAUUUGGCGUACUGGUACGGACUGGGACGAGCCGAUCGCCGAGCAGUUACACGAACUUUGGAUAAGGUGGAUUGAACUGUACAGGAAGAUUAGUGAAAUGAAAAUUCCUCGCUGUUUCUUCCGGAAUUUCUCGCCGCAGCAAAUUACUGAUGUUCAGGUUCAUGUAUUCACGGACGCUAGCGUGGCAGCCUAUGCGUGUGUAGCCUACUUAAGGGUCACAGCAAAGGGGGAGAGCUGGUGUUCAUUGAUAGCGUCGAAAACUAAAGUUGCUCCACUUCGAGCGCAAUCAAUCCCGCGUUUGGAGCUACAAGCGGCUAUGAUGGGGUCCCGGUUAUUACAUAAUAUCUGUUCAGCUCUUACUAUUAGCAUUCAAAGGCGCUUCCUGUGGACAGACUCGGCAACAGUUCUUGCCUGGCUCCGCUCCGAUAGCCGCCGUUACCAUCAGUUUGUCUCCUUUCGGGUUGGCGAGAUUCUAUCGCUCACCAGUGUAAAUGAGUGGCGCUACGUACCGUCUCGAGAAAACGUAGCAGAUGAUGCCACAAAAUGGAGCUCAGGACCAUCGUUCAACCCAACUUGUCGUUGGUACCAUAGCUCGCCAUUCCUGCUAGAUCCAGACAGUCAAUGGCCUACAGAACGGCCAGGGGAUAUUGCAGCGGUAAAUGCAGAAAACGAAGAAAUUCGAGUGAUCGCCGUACAUCGAACAGAAACAGAAGUGGUGAAUGUGGAACGUUUUUCCAAUUGGAACCGGCUGCUACGCACGAUGGCGUAUGUUCGUCGUGUUAUUAAUGUAUGGAAACACAGACCACGUGCGAGUACGCCUCUUGUAGUUCUGAAUCAGAUAGAGUACUUAGAGGCAGAAGGGAUGUUGUGGCGUCAAGCACAGGCACAAGCAUAUCCGGAGGAACUAUCUCUGUUGGUUGACGGACGUAGCGUUUCCAAAGGCAGUUCACUUCGUAUGCUGUCUCCAUUCGUGGAUGAAAGGGGAGUUUUACGAGUUGGUGGUAGAAUUGAAAACGCGCCAGAUAUUUCCUACGAUGCCAAGCACCCAGUCGUGUUACCAAGAAACCAUAGAAUCACUUACCUCGUCGUGCUUAGUUUCCACCAGCGGUUCCUUCAUGCCAAUAGUGAAACAGUAUGCAACGAGUUAAAGCAGAAGUUCUACAUUGCGAAGAUGCGAAUGGUAGUACGGAGUGUAUGCAGGAGCUGUCAGUACUGUAAGAUUAAAGGGGCUACGCCGGUGCCGCCCUUGAUGGGACCACUUCCGAAGGUCCGAUUGACGCCAUUCAUUCGUCCAUUUACUUACGUCGGCGUGGAUUAUAUGGGCCCCUUUGAAGUGAAAGUUGGUCGCAGUAUCGUAAAACGGUGGAUAUGCUUAUUCACCUGCCUUACGAUACGAGCAGUUCAUUUGGAGCUGGCACACAGUUUGUCUACGAAGUCUUGUGUGAUGGCCUUCCGAAGAUUUGUCAGCCGGCGUGGGGCUCCACUCGAAGUAUUCACGGACAACGGCACCAACUUUGUGGGAGCAAGUCGUCAGUUAGCAGAAGAGAUGAGGAAGAUUACCGAGAUAAACGUAACAUGUGCAGCCACGUUCACCAACGCUCGAACUCAGUGGCAUUUUAACGUUCCCGCAGCUCCUCAUAUGGGCGGGCCGUGGAAGCGAAUGGUCAGGUCCGUCAAAAAAGCAAUGCAAGCCAUCUCCGAUAAUCUACAUCAUCCGAGUGACGAGGUCUUGGAGACAAUAAUGUUGGAAGCGGAAGGGAUCGUCAAUUGCCGUCCAUUGACUUAUGUUCCCUUGGAAGCUGCAGAUCAAGAGGCACUAACUCCGAAUCACUUUUUGCUGUACGGUUCAAAUGGAAUAAAACAACCAAUAGCGGAUCAGCCAGAUAUGCGAUGUGUUCUCCGAGCCAGUUGGAAUGUGGCCAAAGAAAUUUUAGAUCAGUUCUGGCGAAGGUGGGUUCGGGAAUACCUCCCAAUGCUAACCAGGCGGACAAAAUGGUUCGAUGCAGUCAAGCCCCUGGAACCUGGCGACCUAGUCAUCAUAAUGGACGAACAUGCUAGGAAUCGCUGGGACGCAUCCUGGAGACCUUUCCUGACAAAUCCGGCCAGUGCGACGGCGAUCGUACGACGGUCGGGGCUGACCAGCAAUAGCGAACUAGGCAGCGAUUACGAAGAAGGGCGGUCCACAACCACACCACUUCCCUCAACCACGUCAUUCGCUCUGUCGGACUACUCGAACGAUAAGGACGGUAAGUCUGCAUGCGUAUGCGAGAAGUCGUGCAGCGACGACUACGAUAUCCGGUGCGGCAGAGUGCAUCGUGACAAACGGCAGGGAACCCGAGCCGCUGACGCGACGCUACAUAGUGCAGCUGUGUGA